AUGAGUAAGAUUGAAAAGUUUCUGGCACAUGCCAAAGCGACGAUGGAAGAACAAUUACGACGUAGAUACCAACAAGAACAACAACAGUUGCAAAUGCAACAAAUGCAUCAAGCCCAACAACAGCAACAACAGCAAUACAACAAUCUCCAGGCAUUUAGUGACAACCAGAAUCCAUUGAGCCAACCGGCCUUGUUAGUAGAAAUCGAUCGGUUAAUUGAUUUGACUGGCCAGCGUAAGGCUUACGAUUCCAAUGAUGUCGAUGCCGAGAAACAGCUUGCUAUUUUAUCUCAACUUCGAAAAGUCAUUUCGACACAACCUUUACCCACCACUAUGUUACCGUCCAUUCAGAAACAGCUGGUUGUAUUUUCACAAAAGGAAAUGGAGAGACUCGGUCAAAGAAUGGGACCAGGUGGUCCUGGUGGACCAAACGGACCGGGAGGACCAGGAGGACCAGGUGGCCCUAUGGGCGGUCCAGGAUACGAUCAAUAUCCUCCAUAUAACAACGGACCCAAUGGAGGUCCAUAUGGUUACAAUGACAGGAAUUACGGGCCCGGUGGACCCGGAUUUGGCCCAGGUCACGGACCUGGCCCGAACCACGGAUCGAGACGCGGAGACCAUCGUAACUCUCCAGGUCCUAAUUUCCUGACUGGAUCCAAUGCUGCUCCUAUUGCCAAUGCUCGUCCCGGUGGUCUUCCUGUUGGUUUACCAACGGGACCACGAGCACAGCAACAACCAAUUCCCACCGGUCCUGGUGGUGGAGCUAGUGGAACCAAAGGUCCGGGAGCUGCUGCAUUACCAGCAUCAUUAAUUAGUUCACUCACAUCAGCAGGAUUACUGAAUCUGAACGGAUCCAGUAGAGCGUCAUCUACCGAGCCAGGAUCUAGAUCAGGCACUCCUCUUACAGAAGUCGUCGACUUGAAUAGCAUAUCGCUGCAGAAACCACGACCGUCUCUGAUUGAGAAACUAUAUAGUGACAUUCCCAACCAGUGUAGUAAUUGCGGUAAGAGAUUCCGCAACGACCAACAGCAUUUAAAAUCAGCCCAUUUGGACUGGCAUUUCCGAGUCAACAAACGGCUUUUAGACGAGAACAGGUCACAAAGCCGAUGCUGGUACUUGACUGCCGAGCAGUGGAUAGAAUACAAGGACGAGGAGGAGAUCUUGGGUAUCGCACCUGACGAUGAUGAUGGAGACAAGAAAGGAGGUUCUGGCAAGUCGAAAUCCGAAUUGAAGGAAUUGGAUCUCGAGGAGCUAAGGAACCGCAAAGUGAUUGCUCCGUCAGACAAACGGCUGGCUGCACUCCCCUGUCCUAUCUGUCAAGAGAAGUUCAACUCGGUAUGGGACGACGACGAAGAAGAAUGGGUGUGGAAAAACGCCAUGAGAGUGCAAAACCGCAUUUUCCACGCCACGUGCUAUGCGGAAGCCGAACGUUCAGGUGGUGACCUGCUCCAACGAAUCCUUGGAACCACACCAGCAUCCAGCAGACCGACUCCACCACCGGCAGCAGCCCCUGCACCCAUCGACCUGGCCAGCAUCAUCGCCAGCGUCAAACGCAAAGCAGAAGAAAACGACAACGACCUUGGCCCCGACGACCACCGCAUCAAACGAGAAAAGGUCUAA